CGGCGUUUCAGCACUUCGGCGCGUGGACAGCUCCCACCUGCAAUCCCACUGCACUCCAACCCUUCCGCACCCCACUCUCCACCGCCUCCGCGGUCCAUCCUCCUGCCACGCUGCCCAGCCUGCGCUCCCCAGCCAUCAGCACCCCAUCUCCACCAUCGCCGUCAUCAUCUCCACCAUCACCGGCGCGUAAGCCAUGACCUCGGUUUUCAUUCUGGUUUGGAUGACCAUCACCACAUAGGGUCUGAAUGUCCGGCUGUUUCCCAAGGACCGGAAGAAGCCUCUCUGCUUGUCUGUUUUGGGGGCAGUCUUGUAGGAGAACCAUUGAAUGGGCCACGGAGUCAGCGCGCUUUCCCGUGAAUGGGACCAGUUUCUGUUCUUCCCAAACCUCAGAGCUUAAGCACUUGGGAAGGAGAUUUGGCCAAGAUGACGCACUUGCAGGCCGGGCUCAGUCCAGACACGAUAGAGAAAGCCCGCCUGGAACUGAAUGAGAACCCGGACGUUUUACAUCAGGACAUUCAACAAGUCAGAGACAUGAUCAUCACCAGGCCUGACAUUGGGUUUUUACGUACAGAUGAUGCCUUCAUCCUGCGUUUUCUCCGAGCCAGGAAGUUUCACCAAGCCGAUGCCUUCAGACUCCUGGCCCAGUACUUUCAGUACCGCCAGCUAAACCUGGACAUGUUCAAAAACUUCAAGGCAGAUGAUCCCGGCAUUAAGAGGGCAUUGAUUGAUGGGUUCCCCGGAGUGCUGGAAAACCGUGACCACUACGGCAGGAAGAUUCUCCUGCUGUUUGCUGCCAAUUGGGAUCAGAGUAGGAACUCCUUCACAGAUAUCCUUCGCGCCAUCCUGCUGUCUUUGGAAGUCCUUAUUGAAGAUCCUGAACUUCAGAUCAACGGUUUCAUUUUAAUUAUAGACUGGAGUAAUUUUUCCUUCAAACAAGCCUCCAAAUUGACGCCUUCUAUCCUUAAGCUGGCCAUUGAAGGGUUGCAGGACAGCUUUCCUGCCCGCUUCGGAGGAGUCCAUUUUGUCAACCAGCCCUGGUACAUCCAUGCCCUGUACACGCUCAUCAAGCCAUUCCUUAAAGACAAGACGAGAAAGCGGAUUUUCCUACACGGGAACAAUUUAAACAGCCUUCACCAGCUAAUACACCCCGAAUUUCUGCCCUCUGAAUUUGGAGGAACCCUUCCUCCUUAUGACAUGGGGACUUGGGCCCGGACAUUGCUUGGUCCUGACUACAGUGAUGAAAAUGACUAUACCCACACUUCCUAUAACGCCAUGCACGUGAAACAUACAUGCUCCAACCUGGAGAGGGAGUGCUCACCCAAGCCCAUGAAAAGAUCUCAGUCUGUGGUAGAAGCUGGGACCCUGAAACAUGACGAGAAGGGAGAAAACGAGAACACUCAGCCCCUACUGGCUCUGGACUGAGCCACGUUGCGUGAUGCUCCCAUGCACAAGCCUCCAGUGGAGCAGCCGCCCAGGGAGCACCCGGGUGACUGACCUACAGACACACGGGCUCUGCUCAACAGGAGGUCCUCCACUGCUUCCCCAGCCAUGACGUCAGCAGCCAUUGGUCUGAGCAGCCCACACCGGACAAACAUCGGAGGGAUGCUCCUCAAGCUCAAGUUAACUGAUUAAUUUGUUUUAGGGAGGGAUUAGGAGGAUGAAGCGAGGCAUCUGUGUAAAAAGGAUUCUCCCUCCCCACACAUUUAUGGUAGCAAAUGCACUCACACAGGGAAAGACUGAAUUUCCUGCGCACACACUAGGACAGCAGCUGCUCUAAGGAGUCACACAAUGACGUGCAUUUCCAGAUAGAGACAGCAGAGUGAAACUGUUCAGACACAAGGUCAAGUGUAACGGAGUGCAGAACCCCGAGACAAUAGUAGCUACACUAAUGACCAGUUUUAUUGACUUACGUUCCGACCCACCACCAGCAUCUAAGUGCUCAGCCUGAAAGCAUGACCUCACAGGUCAUGGGCAAAUUUCUUAACUCAUAUAUCCUGCAAGAAUGAUUUGUUAGUCGGGCCACCAGCUAACUUCAUGAAUUGGAUGUCAAGAGGACACAGGCAGUUGACAACUGACUGCUUCAUCUUAGCAAAGUGAUGUCCUGUAGGCGUUCAUGGGAAUGUCUACAGAGAGGAGGCAACUCAUUGAAAAACAACACACUGAUAAGCCCAUUCAAGUUAGUUCUUGGGUUCCUACCCAAGCAAAGGAAAGUGCUAGCAAGGCACUUGGUCCCCACCCUCCUAUGAACUGCGGAGAAAGGCCCUGAGCAGGCAGUCUGUCACACAGAAAGGGCCUCAAGGAUGGCUUAACAUGUAAGUACUGAGCUAAGAGAAGACAAAUAAAAUGCCAAGAUGAAAUGCCAAAGACCACUCUACGUCUGUAUCCAUUCUCCUUAGAAACAGAACCCAGUCCCUACUCGCAGGAAGUCAGACAGAAAACAGACAUCAAAGGUUAGGAUAUUUUAUCUGUGCCAUGUUUCCCCAGACCAGUUGAGUAUACGUAGAUAUCGUAUUUGCCACCUAUCUGUUUGACAUAGGCACUGACUAAUACGACCAGAGUGCUUAACGUCAAAAGAAAAUCUCAAUUGAUAAUGCUUAGUAAAAUAUUUCACACUUUAAGCCUUUGGUAGGUUGAUUUGUUAGUUGAACAACCUCAGAAAACAGGAAAACAAUUCAACUUUCAGCCAUAAUCACCUAAACAAUAUGGCUAGUCAUGAACACCUCUCUCUUCUGUCUACCUUCUGUUCCUGCCUCUUUCUCUCUCUGUGUCUCUCUUUUGCUAUCCCUCUCCCUAUCUCUCCUCUUCCCCCUUCUCUUUUGUUUUUUCUCUGACUCUUCCUCCAUCAUUCUGUCCCUCCCUCUCUCCAUUCCUCCUUCCCAUGCUGGAGAUCAAAAUGAGGGCCUUGUCAUUCCAGGCAAGUGUUUCCCUCCUGAGCCCUGAGCUACAUUCUAGACAUACAUUCCUUCUCAGUUGAUCUAUGGUUUAUUAUUAAUUUUCACUAGUAGAGAAUAGUAACAAAUAUUAUUUUUAUGUUCCAACUUUGAAGGAGUAAUACUGAGGCAGAAUUCAAAAUAUUUCUCAAACAAUUGCAUCAUCAUAUAUAAAAGUACCAAUUUAUUUGGUAUAGAC